AUGGAAGACUCGUAUAUUUUCAUACAAGCCCUCUUUAAAGAAUUGGAGAGAAAUGUGCUGGGCCGUUUGGAUCGCUUGCAGUCCCUAAUGGACCACGUGGUGGAAAAGGGGAACUCCAUUGAACCUGAGGCAGUGCAGCCAGUGAGAUUUACAGCCCAGCAGCAGGAUAAGGAUAUCUGUGUGUCGAGGUACCCACUGACACUGAGGAGUAAUGAGGCGUGCGGACCGGUUGAGCUACGCGAAGAAUACAUCCACAAUCCUAUACCCCUGGCGCGGAAGGCAGCGGCCAGUCCUUCCGGGCUGUUUAUGGGGCCUAAUAGUCCACAGGAGAUGGAUACCUGCGGGAGAUCUGACUUUCAGAUUGUCUCAAAGCACGGUGCCGUGGGCUUCUUGGACACACCUUGGGAGUUCGGGACAAUGGUUAUACUUAUUGAAAGACCCACAGGUUUACUAAGGUGGAGAGUGACCGUGGAGGCUCAAGUGGGAAUUACCAGGCAGUGUCUCAGCAGAGAGGGUGAUUUUCGGUCCGGCCCGGCUCAACACAGGCAGAUCCAGCUUAAGGUCUUGAGAGGGUUGUUAUACCCAGCUGUGUUUUUCUUCCUAUACGGCCUGGGACUCACAAGAUUACUGAAAGCCGGAAACAUAUCAAAGGUUAUUUUACCAAACAGCUCAUUACUGAGAGAAUUCCAUCUAAAGGCAUUUGUGAUUUCUGUAAACUGGAAUUUUUGUGUUGUCAGUGGUGUUUUACUGAUUUAUUUGCUGUCUGUUCUUGGGAAUCUAAUUAUCACAGCACUUAUUUGUCUGUCCCCUAAGCUGCACACACCAAUGUAUUUUUUUCUUUGCAGCUUGUCAGUGCAAGACAUCAUCUACGUAUCCACUUUUUUACCAAAGUUAUUGGCUAUCACAAUCACAGGAGACACCAGCAUUUCAUUUCUUGGUUGUAUUACACAGAUAUAUCUACUUGCAUUCUGUGUUGGUACUGAAUUUUUCCUGCUGACGUCCAUGGCGUAUGACCGAUAUGUGGCCAUUUGUAUUCCUUUGCGAUAUUCUUUGAUCAUAAGUAGAAAGUUAUGCUCCCUAAUGAUCUCAGCUUCCUGGGUAGGUGGUUUCCUUAAUGCAUUGGUGUUUUGUAUAAUUGUGUCUAAUCUAUCAUUCUGUAACAAACGAGAAAUCAACAAUUUUUUCUGUGAUAUAAUUAUAUUUCUGAAGCUAUCCUGUAGUGACAUUACAUAUAUCUUGACUUUGUAUAUUCCCAUAGAAAGUUUAGUAUUUGGUUUAUUUCCGUUCAGUCUUAUAAUGGCCUCCUAUAUCUGUAUCAUAUCUACUAUCCUAAAGAUCAGAACAUCCUCAGGACGACUCAAGACCUUCUCCAGCUGUUCUUCUCAUCUCACGGUUGUCAUACUGUUCUGUGGGACAUUUCUGGGCUUGAACUUGAAACCUAAGACAGAACACUCUCUGGAAACAGACAAACUGCUUUCUAUGUUGUACAUUGGUGUAGUUCCCAUGGUAAACCCACUAGUAUAUAGUCUGAGAAAUAAGGAGGUUUUAAAAUCCAUGAAAAGUAUUUUGAAAAUGAUAUUAAAGUAA